AUGGCUGAUCAAGGGAAUGGUGCCUCUGCGCCCCGGUCUUUCACCGGUCAAAGUGCCUCAGCCGAGGAGAUGCUAAAGUCGCAAACCGUCGGUCUUGUGCAUCUGUCCGACUUUCGCAAGCGUCGCGCAGAAGUUUUGGAACAAAAGGAGCGUGAGGCACACGACAAGUCGCUUGGGCGACUCGCGUCUGGUAAUUCAAGAAGCGCAACACCCUCUACCGGAGAAGUGACUGACGGUGACGGACCCCCCAAGAAAAAGAAGAAGAAGCCCCUCGCAAAGAGCAAGCUCUCAUUUGGUGACGAUGAUGAUGAAACUGGGGAUGAUUCGGCCACAGCCACCCCGCGCGAUUCAAGCGUGUCACGAUCAGGCUCAAAACCUCCCGGCGAGGAGAGCGGGGCGUCGACUCCUUACCGUAUGAAAGCAAACCCGAAUGCGCCACCCCCGCCGAAAGCAUUGACUAAGGCUGCCCUGGAAGCCGAGGCACAAUCCCGAGACGCACUCCGUAAGGAAUUUUUGGUUAUACAAGAGGCUAUAAAGAACACAGAAAUUUUGAUUCCUUUUGUGUUCUUUGACGGAACAAGUAUACCAGCUGGAUCUGUCAAAGUACGGAAGGGAGACACCGUCUGGCUAUUUUUAGACCGUUGUCGUAAGGUCGGCGCGGAGCUGGGAGUGCCUGGAGCCAAUGGAGCCUCAAAGGCACGGAAAGAUUCUCGUCGAGAAUGGGCACGCAUCAGUGUCGAUGACCUGAUGCUAGUCAAGGGCGAUAUAAUUCAUUAUGAGUUCUACUACUUCAUCGCCAACCGUGUACAAAAUUUUACUCGAAAAGGUGGCUUGCUCUUUGAUUACUCUGAAAAAUUGUCUCCAGCCAAGUCAAAUGACAACCCCUUAAGACGUCCCAAUGACGAGAAAUUAGAAGGUUCGGACAACGACGCCGCAGAUACAAAGGUGGUAGACCGUCGCUGGUAUGAAAAGAACAAGCACAUAUACCCAGCAAGUCUUUGGAAUGAAUAUGAGGCUGGAAAAGAGUUUGAAGAGAAGAUGACUUGCACACGGCAUAGCCUUUGCCUUUCACAUCCAACUGCACACAAUCGACGAUGUCCUGCCUGCCAAACGGUCCUUUCCAACCCCGAUGAUGCUGUUUCAACCAUCCUGAGUCCCACAGAGGACUACAAAACGAGUGUGCUCAGCGGCCUCGAUCCAAACACAGUUAUGGAGUGUGCUGGUCGGGCACUAGGAUUCUGGGCAUACCAGAGCACGCAGGAAAUGUACCUUCAUCCGCUCUAUACUAAGGUACAAGCUAAUGAUGAUCUGCAAGCAACCCAGGAACAACUUCAGAAGAAGAACCAAGAGCUUAUAGAUCUCUAUCGCCAGAAAUCAAAAAAGCUAUCCCAAGUGACAAAUCUCUACAAUCUCUUGAAAGCCCGCGCCAUGCGAUCGCAGAUGCAGACAACUGCCUCAAAUACAGCCUUAGAAACUUUGCAAGGCAUAUCAUCACGAGAUGGAACCGCCACGCUAAUUGCAUCCGCUAACCCUUCACAAAUGCCUGCACUCAUGAAGCCACGAACUCCAAGGGCUCCUUCGUUUCCUAUCAGCCCAGAGGGUAUUGAAAGACUACAUCGUCAUCAACGCAGCGGUACUGGAAGCUCGAGGGGAUUGAAGACCAGCGAUGCAAUCACAAUGCCACCUCCGAAGAACUGGUUGAACCCGGGUGGCUACAAUGGUAAGGCCUCCACAAGUUCUUCAAAUUACCAGCAUCAUACACGGUACCAAGCUCAGAUCCCAACUGGUAAUACACAGCACCGUACCCAACUUCCCCACGUGUCUCGGUUGCCGACGGCUCUAUCUUCGCUCCCACCGGACGAUGCGAUCCUUGCUCAACUUGGAAGAUAG